AUGGGUUGUCUCGAGGAGCAUAAGGUCCCUUAUGCAACGUUCAUGCUCCAAGGAGAAGUUGAGAACUGGUGGAAGUUCGUGAAACCUGCAAUAGCAGCACCUGGAGGCGUGAUUCCUUGGAAUGCCUUCAAGGACAAAUUCCUAGACAACUAUUUUCCACGAGAUCUUAGGAAGCGAAAGGCGAGGGAAUUUCUGGAUUUGAAGCAGGGGAACAUGUCCGUUGGAAAAUACAUGGCCAAAUUUAAUGAACUUCUACAGUACUGGCCUCAAUACCAAGAUGCUCGGAACGAAGAAGACUUAUGUGCUCAGUUUGAGAACGGGCUUCGACUGGAGAUUCAAAAGGCAGUUAGCUACAUAUAG